AUCUGUUUGGCCCACACACACUGAGACACACACACUCACUUGUCCAUCAGCGUUCUGGGCCUAAUUUCCUUUUCGGUUUUUGGGUGUGUUCGCCUCAUCAAAAAAUACAACAAAAAUUAUUUUUGAGAAAAGAAAGAACAGAAAUUAACAUAAUCAAAUUUACUUUUUUACCUCGCGAACACGUUUCGUGGCCGAAAUAAGAAAAAGUGAAGACCAUUAUUUAAUUUUCGUGUCAGUCGGCGCAGUGCUCCAUCGGAUGGCAUUGAAGUAUUGACAAGCUGAGCUUUAUUUACACCUGCCAAUUGCUAUGACUAGAUGAGCACAAUAGUGGUCUAUAAACAGAUUAUGCCACGAGUGCUUAUUUAAAAGGGUUUGAUUUAAAGUUUGCUUCAUUGGAUUGAGAAGGGUUUUGGGAUAGGUUUUUUCAGAAACUAGAUCAACUUAAAUUUACCUACACUAAUGGAUUUUCCAAUAUCACAUUGACUUAAAGUUUUAUUAUGAUUAUUCUUUGUUGUAAAGUUAAAAGAUAAAAAAACUUCCUUUCAAUAACAAACAAAUGAAUUGGUUGCCUUUCAUUUAAAUGACAAUAUCCCUGAAAAAAUAUUCUCAUGGGCAUUUAUUUUCUGAUACACAAUGUCCUUAUGGUCUAGGCCUUUAAUUACAAAUUUGAUUUUUUUAGAAACCCUCACAUUUGAAUCAAAAUUUAAAGUAACCGUUACAAAAUGAGAAAAAAAAACAUAAAUUGCGACUGGACAGCAGAAUUUCCACUGAAAUCUAAUAUAGCUCCGAUCUACAGAAAACAACCUUUAAGAUCUGUGUGUCUUUAUCCGGGGCAUCGUACUUGGAGGGUGAGAAACCAAUUGGAAAUCCAGCAACUGGCAAAACGGAUUGGUUGCCAUCCCGAAGACAUAGAUGGGUUUCUUUUCAAACUCAGCCUUUGGAACUACAAUCGCCUAUUGAAUCCCAAAGACUGCAGUUGGAAUUCCUGCAAUGUGCCACUUUGUUAUCCAUAUGCCUGUAAUUGGUACAUGGACAUAUUCGAUCAUCGUGGCAACUUGAGGGACACCAAUGAUCCGAAAACUAUUCGAAGUUUACUUCCUUUAGUGCUGAACUUCUUGGAUGGCCUUUCGCCUGUUGCCUGCACGGCCCAUAUUGACGGUCAGCAGGCGAAACGUCAUUCAAAUUUUUCAGCAUUUAGUUUGGAGUCUUCGGAUUGGUCAUUUGGCAAUCAAAGUGUUCCAAUUUUGGAAAAAGACCUAAUCACACAUUAUAAACCAGUCUUAUCGGAGUCAAAAUUAGAUGCAGAAUCGCAGAAGAAGCUGUCUGGAAGAAAGAGAAAGAAAAAUUUGGGGCGCCAGACCAUUUUCCUCAACGAUGAACUAGCUUAUACAUUUGCCAUGCCAGAUGAUAUUGUGGAAUAUAUAAUGCAACAUAUUGGUCGACAUCACCACACUAAAGGUAGCUAUAUUGGUCCUAUAGCAGAUUUACGAACAGUACGUCUUCGCAAGCUAAUCAAGAGCUUGGUUGAAAGGAAAGGAGCACAUAUAACUGAAAGGGAUCUAAAUAAGGCCAUAAAAAUGGUAGAUCUUGAGGGGAAGCACGGAAAGCAAAACGCCAAAGAUAUCUCGAAACUCUACAAUUCCAUUGUGCAGAGGUCCGAGCUUCCUUAUGGGCAUGUUUUUGGAAAAUUCAGGGGAAAUUAUCCAAAAGUACCAAGAGGUUCGAAACUCCCAAGAAGAUAUUUGGGCGAUCAAGUCCCUAUACUUUUCCAUGAGCCGUAUGAUCCGAAAAAGCGUUGGACAUGGCAACGCCGACAUCCGAAACAAACCCGCCUAAAUACUAGCUACAGGUUCUCAUCAACCAGGAUUAAACGCUAUUUACGUGCUUCUUUGAAGGACCAAAAGGACGAACAGGCUAAGCGGUUUUCAAUUCACUCAACAAUUAGUGAAAAGGGUAAAAAUGUCACAAAAGAAUCGCUGGAUUCCUUGUUUGGCUCUCCUAAAUACCAGUCAAAAGUAAAACUAAAUACCGGAAAUAUAUUUUAAAC